CAGCGACUGGACGCGACGGGCCGCCGCCGGCCCGCACCGCCCGGCCGCCGCGAUGUGCGACUGUUUCCACAUGGUGCUGCCCACCUGGCCCGGAGCCCCCGGCAGCGUGUCUGGCCGGCAGCUGCAGUCUGAGGACCCAGAUGCAGAAACGGAAGAGGACCCCUCUGUGACCGAAGGGCCGGUGGACGAGAUCGUCCGGCCGAGGCCACAGGGGUCCUCGCCGGUCUACGAAUGCACUGCUGAGGGUGCCGGCUUUGGACUCCCGGGGGAGGACACACGGAGAAGGCGGGCUUCCUCGGGCUCGGGGGGUCGGAGGUCCUGGUGGAAGCGAGAUUCGGGAGACGCUCGAACAUUUUCCAGGAUGAGUCGUCGGCAGUCCGUGCAGGAGGCGACAGAGGUGACGCUGAGGACAGAGGUGGAGGCCGGAGCCAGCGGCUACAGCGUCACAGGGGGCGGGGACCAAGGGAUUUUCGUCAAGCAGGUGCUGAAAGACUCCUCCGCUGCCAAGCUCUUCAGCCUAAGAGAAGGUGAUCAGCUGCUCAGUGCAACCAUAUUCUUUGACAACAUUAAAUAUGAAGACGCUCUCAAAAUUCUUCAGUACUCAGAGCCUUACAAGGUUCAAUUCCAAGUCAGACGGAAACGUCCUGCCGCAGGGGAUGAGGAAGGGGUCUCCAGUGGCGCUCAGCCCGGCCGCAAGGACAGUGAGACGCAGGACAAAGAUGUCGCCGAUGGGUGCACAGAGACCCCCACGAAGACUGUGGAAGGAAGUGGAGACAAGGAGAGACUGAUCUCCAAGCCCAGGGAGGGCAGGGGCAGGCCGUCCCAAAACGAGAGGCUCUCCUGGCCCAAAUUCCAGUCAAUAAAGACCAAGCCCAGGUCAGGGCCACGGAGGUCACACAGCUCUUCAGAGGCCCGUGAGCGAGGACACCCACCUGACAUGUCCCCCACGAGCACAGACACAGAGGCCCAGCUCCCAACAGAGGAGCAGGAGCAGAAGGCAGGACCGGAUGGCCAGCGGAGGAGAAGGUUCCUGAACCUGCGAUUCAGAGUGGGCUCAGGGAAGGGUCCAACACCGGGGGCGAGGCCGAGCACAGAGGUCCAGUCCGGGGUCGUAGAGGAGGCAGCAUCCUGGGAUGACAGCCAAGAGGGCGCCAAGGCCGGCACAGACAGGACGGUGGAGGGACCAGAGGGGACAUCAGCUCUCACUGCCCAGCAACCCGUGGAGCAGGGCCGCCCCAGCGAGGGAGCCUUGGGGGACGGGGCCAGCGUGGCACCCAGGCGCCGAAGAAAGACAAAGGAAGCGAAGGACCAGGUCGACUCUGUGUCAGAUGGGAAACCCGGGAUGGACUCAGGCCCAAAGCCAGGUGGAGAUGGCCACAGAGAAGCGGUCCAGGGCACAGAAACUGGGAUUGCCACAUCGGCUCUGCAAGGCAAAGUGGACACACAGGGCCGCCAACUGGAGUUCCAAAUCCAAAUACCACAUGUCAAAACGCCCAACUUUGAAUUCUGCAAAGAAACAAUGCCAGACGGAGAAGCAGACACAGCAGCACGACGGCAGGGACCCAGACACGGAGGUCCUACAGCAGAGGCCACGGGCAUCAAAGAGCAGCCGGACCACGGACCGGGGCCACAGUUGGCCGGAAAGCCUGCAGGGCCCCUGACAGAACGGGAGGAAGGAGGAGCAGAGGGAGCUGAGGCAGGGCACGGAGAGGCACACGCCGAAGACGGGGACACACACGCACAGGGCAGACAGGAGAGGAAAACUAGGUUCAAAUUCAAAACACCCUCAUUCGGGUGGUCUCCAGGAAAGGACAUAAAAUCAGGCCAGGAACAAGACAGAGAAAUGGAGAGCACGCUCACCAUUCUGACCGCACAGACAGGUGCCAGAGUCAAACAGUCAGAACGCGACAAAACAAAAUUAGACACACCUGAGCGAGACUCAGGAGCCACAGAGGGAGAAACAGAGGGUGUUCGGACAACUCGAGCCGAUUUUACUCUGGGAGACAGGGAGGUGGCCGCCAGAGACAGCAAGUUCAAAAUGCCCAAGUUCAAGAUGCCAUCUUUCGGUGCCUCAGCGCCAAGCAAGUCCUUGGAGGCCACGGUGGACGUGUCCCUGCCCAAGAUCCAGGCGGAAGUGUCCCUGCCCUCCAUGGAAGCUGAGGUCAAGUCCAGUGAUGUCACUGUUGAGCUGCCAUCUGCCGACCUAGAACUCAAGACAUCCACGGUGGGGGAGAAGGUUCCAGAAGGCCCAAUACCUGAAGGGGAGCUCCAGGAACCCUCAGCAGGAGCCGGGGUCAAAGGGCACCUGCCCAAGGUGCACAUGCCCAGCAUGAAGAUGCCCAAAGUGGACUUUAAGGCGCCCCAGGUGGACAUCAAGGGGCCCAAGGUGGACCUGAAGGGCCCCAAAGGGGAGGUGAGGGCUCCCGACGUGGAUGUGACCCUGCCCAGUGUGGAGAGUGACCUUCAGGCAACAGAUGCCAAGCUGGAGGGCGACGUUACCCUGGGAGACAAGGAGGUGACCGGCAGAGACAGCAAGUUCAAAAUGCCCAAGUUCAAGAUGCCAUCCUUUGGCACCUCAGCCCCAAGCAAAGAUUUGGGAACAUCCGUGGACGUGGACGUGGACGUGCCCGUGUCCAAGGUUGGCACAGAGGCCAAACUGCCCUACCUGAGAGGGGAGAUCCGAGCCCCAGAGGGCGCCAUGCAGCUGCCUACUGCUGAUAUCGACCCUCGUGGGGCAGAAGUGAAUAUGUCCCUCCCCGAAGGACACGUGUCUGUGUCUGGGCUGAAGAGUAAAGCAGAAGGGUCUAGGAUCAAGGGACAGCUGCCCAAGGUACAGAUGCCCAGCAUGAAGAUGCCCAUGGUCGACAUCAAAGCGCCCCAGGUGGACAUCAAGGGGCCCAAAGGGGAGGUAAGCAGGCCCGAAGUGGAUGUGACCCUGCCCAGCACAGACAUGGACGUCCAGGCACCCACCGCCAAGUUGGACGGUGACAUUACACUGGGAGACAAGGAGGUGACCACUAGAGACAGCAAGUUCAAAAUGCCCAAGUUUAAGAUGCCAUCUUUCGGUGCCCCGGAGCCAAGCAAGUCCUUGGAGGCCACGGUGGACGUGUCCCUGCCCAAGAUCCAGGCGGAAGUGUCCCUGCCCUCCAUGGAAGCUGAGGUCAAGACCAGUGAUGUGACCGUUGAGCUGCCAUCUGCCGACCUAGAGGUUAAGACUGCCAUGGUGGGCAUGAAGCUUCCAGAAGGCCAAAUACCUGAAGGGGAGCCCCAGGAACCCUCGGCAGGAGCCGGAGUCAAAGGGCACCUGCCCAAGGUGCACAUGCCAGGCAUGAAGAUGCCCAAAGUGGACUUUAAGGCACCCCAGGUGGACAUCAAGGCACGCAAGUUGGACAUCAAAGGACCCAAGGUGGACCUGAAGGGCCCCAAAGGGGAGGUGAGCGCCCCUGACGUGGAUGUGACCCUGCCCAGUGUGCAGAUGGACGUCCAUGCACCCACCGCCAAGUUGGAGGGUGACCUUACCCUGGGAGACAAGGAGGCGACUGCUAGAGACGGCAAGUUCAAAUUGCCCAAGUUCAAGAUGCCAUCCUUCGGUGCCUCGGCCCCAAGCAAGUCCUUGGAGGCCGCGGUGGACGUUUCCGUGCCUAAGAUCCAGGCGGAAGUGUCCCUGUCUUCCAUGGAAGCUGAGGUCAAGACCAGUGAUGUGACCCUUGAGCAGCCAUCUGCUGACCUAGAACUCAAGACUUCCACGGUGGGUCAGAAGCUCCCUGAUGUUCAGGUGCCCAAGGGAGAGUUCCAGGAGCCCUCAGCAGGAGCCGGGUUCAAAGGGCACCUGCCCAAAGUGCACAUGCCCAGCAUCAAGAUGCCCAAAGUGGACAUCAAAGCCCCCCAGGUGGACAUCAAGGGGCCCAAGGUGGACCUGAAGGGCCCAAAAGUGGAGGUGAGCGUGCCCGACUUGGAUGUGACCCUGCCCAGUGCAGACGUGGACGUCCAGGCACCCACCGCCAAGUUGGAGGGUGACGUUACCCUGGGAGACAAGGAGGUGACCGCUAGAGACAGCAAGUUCAAAAUGCCCAAGUUCAAGAUGCCAUCCUUCGGUGCCUCGGCACCAAGCAAGUCCUUGGAGGCUGCGGUGGACAUUUCCAAGCCCAAGAUCCAGGCGGAAGUGUCCCUGCCCUCCAUGGAAGCUGAGAUCAAGUCCAGUGAUGUGACCGUUGAGCUGCCAUCUGCCGACCUAGAGGUCAAGACUGCCAUGGUGGGCAUGAAGCUUCCAGAAGGCCAAAUACCUGAAGGGGAGCUCCAGGAACCAGCGGCAGGAGCCGGAGUCAAAGGGCACCUGCCCAAGGUGCACAUACCCAGCAUGAAGAUGCCCAAAGUGGACUUUAAGGCACCCCAGGUGGACAUCAAGGGGCCCAAGUUCGACAUGAAGGCCCCCCAGGUGGACAUCAAGGGGCCCAAGGUAGACCUGAAGGGCCCAAAAGGGGAGGUGAGUGCACCCGAUGUGGAUGUGACCCUGCCCAGCACAGAGGUGGACGUCCAGGCACCCACCGCCAAGUUGGAGGGUGACGUUACCCUGGGAGACAAGGAGGUGACCGCUAGAGACAGCAAGUUCAAAAUGCCCAAGUUCAAGAUGCCGUCCUUCGGUUCCUCAGUGCCAAGCAAGUCCUUGGAGGCCGCGGUGGACGUUUCCGUGCCUAAGAUCCAGGCGGAAGUGUCCCUGUCUUCCAUGGAAGCUGAGGUCAAGACCAGUGAUGUGACCCUUGAGCAGCCAUCUGCUGACCUAGAACUCAAGACUUCCACGGUGGGUCAGAAGCUCCCUGAUGUUCAGGUGCCCGAGGGAGAGUUCCAGGAGCCCUCAGCAGGAGCCGGGUUCAAAGGGCACCUGCCCAAAGUGCACAUGCCCAGCAUCAAGAUGCCCAAAGUGGACAUCAAAGCCCCCCAGGUGGACAUCAAGGGGCCCAAGGUGGACCUGAAGAGCCCAAAAGUGGAGGUGAGCGUGACCGACUUGGAUGUGACCCUGCCCAGUGCAGAUGUGGACGUCCAGGCACCCACCGCCAAGUUGGAGGGUGACGUUACCCUGGGAGACAAGGAGGUGACCGCUAGAGACAGCAAGUUCAAAAUGCCCAAGUUCAAGAUGCCAUCCUUCAGUGCCUCGGCACCAAGCAAGUCCUUGGAGGCUGCGGUGGACAUUUCCAAGCCCAAGAUCCAGGCGGAAGUGUCCCUGCCCUCCAUGGAAGCUGAGAUCAAGUCCAGUGAUGUGACCGUUGAGCUGCCAUCUGCCGACCUAGAGGUUAAGACUGCCAUGGUGGGCAUGAAGCUUCCAGAAGGCCAAAUACCUGAAGGGGAGCUCCAGGAACCAGCGGCAGGAGCCGGAGUCAAAGGGCACCUGCCCAAGGUGCACAUACCCAGCAUGAAGAUGCCCAAAGUGGACUUUAAGGCACCCCAGGUGGACAUCAAGGGGCCCAAGUUCGACAUGAAGGCCCCCCAGGUGGACAUCAAGGGGCCCAAGGUAGACCUGAAGGGCCCAAAAGGGGAGGUGAGUGCGCCCGAUGUGGAUGUGACCCUGCCCAGCACAGAGGUGGACGUCCAGGCACCCACCGCCAAGUUGGAGGGUGACGUUACCCUGGGAGACAAGGAGGUGACCGCUAGAGACAGCAAGUUCAAAAUGCCCAAGUUCAAGAUGCCGUCCUUCAGUGCCACAGCGCCAAGCAAGUCCUUGGAGGCCGCGGUGGACAUUUCCAUGCCUAAGAUCCAGGCGGAAGUGUCCCUGCCCUCCAUGGAAGCUGAGGUCAAGACCAGUGAUGUGACCGUUGAGCUGCCAUCUGCCGACCUAGAGGUCAAGACUGCCAUGGUGGGCAUGAAGCUUCCAGAAGGCCAAAUACCUGAAGGGGAGACCCAGGAACCCACUGCAGGAGCCGGAGUCACAGGGCACCUGCCCAAGGUGCACAUACCCAGCAUGAAGAUGCCCAAAGUGGACUUUAAGGCACCCCAGGUGGACAUCAAGGGGCCCAAGUUCCACAUGAAGGCCCCCCAGGUGGACAUCAAGGGGCCCAAGGUAGACCUGAAGGGCCCAAAAGGGGAGGUGAGUGCACCCGAUGUGGAUGUGACCCUGCCCAGCACAGAGGUGGACGUCCAGGCACCCACCGCCAAGUUGGAGGGUGACGUUACCCUGGGAGACAAGGAGGUGACCGCUAGAGACAGCAAGUUCAAAAUGCCCAAGUUCAAGAUGCCGUCCUUCAGUGCCUCAGCGCCAAGCAAGUCCUUGGAGGCCGCGGUGGACAUUUCCAUGCCUAAGAUCCAGGCGGAAGUGUCCCUGCCCUCCAUGGAAGCUGAGGUCAAGACCAGUGAUGUGACCGUUGAGCUGCCAUCUGCCGACCUAGAGGUCAAGACUGCCAUGGUGGGCAUGAAGCUUCCAGAAGGCCAAAUACCUGAAGGGGAGACCCAGGAACCCACUGCAGGAGCCGGAGUCACAGGGCACCUGCCCAAGGUGCACAUACCCAGCAUGAAGAUGCCCAAAGUGGACUUUAAGGCACCCCAGGUGGACAUCAAGGGGCCCAAGUUCGACAUGAAGGCCCCCCAGGUGGACAUCAAGGGGCCCAAGGUAGACCUGAAGGGCCCAAAAGGGGAGGUGAGUGCACCCGAUGUGGAUGUGACCCUGCCCAGCACAGAGGUGGACGUCCAGGCACCCACCACCAAGUUGGAGGGUGACGUUACCCUGGGAGACAAGGAGGUGACCGCUAGAGACAGCAAGUUCAAAAUGCCCAAGUUCAAGAUGCCAUCCUUCGGUUCCUCAGUGCCAAGCAAGUCCUUGGAGGCCGCGGUGGACGUUUCCGUGCCUAAGAUCCAGGCGGAAGUGUCCCUGUCUUCCAUGGAAGCUGAGGUCAAGACCAGUGAUGUGACCCUUGAGCAGCCAUCUGCUGACCUAGAACUCAAGACUUCCACGGUGGGUCAGAAGCUCCCUGAUGUUCAGGUGCCCAAGGGAGAGUUCCAGGAGCCCUCAGCAGGAGCCGGGUUCAAAGGGCACCUGCCCAAAGUGCACAUGCCCAGCAUCAAGAUGCCCAAAGUGGACAUCAAAGCCCCCCAGGUGGACAUCAAGGGGCCCAAGGUGGACCUGAAGGGCCCAAAAGUGGAGGUGAGCGUGCCCGACUUGGAUGUGACCCUGCCCAGUGCAGACGUGGACGUCCAGGCACCCACCGCCAAGUUGGAGGGUGACGUUACCCUGGGAGACAAGGAGGUGACCGCUAGAGACAGCAAGUUCAAAAUGCCCAAGUUCAAGAUGCCGUCCUUCGGUGCCUCAGCGCCAAGCAAGUCCUUGGAGGCCGCGGUGGACGUGUCCCUGCCCAAGAUCCAGGCGGAAGUGUCCCUGCCCUCCAUGGAAGCUGAGGUCAAGUCCAGUGAUGUGACCGUUGAGCUGCCAUCUGCCGACCCAGAGGUCAAGACUGCCAUGGUGGGCAUGAAGCUUCCAGAAGGCCAAAUACCUGAAGGGGAGCUCCAGGAACCCUCGACAGGAGCCGGGUUCAAAGGGCACCUGCCCAAAGUGCACAUGCCCAGCAUUAAGAUGCCCAAAGUGGACAUCAAAGCCCCCCAGGUGGACAUCAAGGGGCCCAAGAUGGACAUCAAGGGACCCAAAGGGGAGGUGAGCGCCCCUGACGUGGAUGUGACCCUGCCCAGUGUGGACAUGGAUGUCCAGGCACCCACCGCCAAGUUGGAGGGUGACAUUACCCUGGGAGACAAGGAGGUGACUGCCAGAGACAGCAAGUUCAAAAUGCCCAAGUUCAAGAUUCCAUCCUUCGGUGCCUCGGCACCAAGCAAGUCCUUGGAGGCCGCGGUGGACGUGUCCCUGCCCAAGAUCCAGGCGGAAGUGUCCCUGCCCUCCAUGGAAGCUGAGGUCAAGUCCAGUGAUGUGACCGUUGAGCUGCCAUCUGCCGACCUAGAGGUCAAGACUGCCAUGGUGGGCAUGAAGCUUCCAGAAGGCCAAAUACCUGAAGGGGAGCUCCAGGAACCCUCAGCAGGAGCCGGGGUCAAAGGGCACCUGCCCAAGGUGCACAUGCCCAGCAUCAAGAUGCCCAAAGUGGACUUUAAGGCACCCCAAGUGGACAUCAAGGGGCCCAAGGUAGACCUGAAGGGCCCCAAAGGGGAGGUGAGCGCCCCUGAUGUGGAUGUGACCCUGCCUAGUGUGCAGAUGGACGUCCAUGCACCCACCGCCAAGUUGGAGGGUGAGGUUACCCUGGGAGACAAGGAGGUGACCGCUAGAGACAGCAAGUUCAAAAUGCCCAAGUUCAAGAUGCCGUCCUUCGGUGCCUCGGCACCAAGCAAGUCCUUGGAGGCCGCGGUGGACGUGUCCCUGCCCAAGAUUCAGGCGGAAGUGUCCCUGCCCUCCAUGGAAGCUAAGGUCAAGUCCAGUGAUGUGACCGUUGAGCUGCCAUCUGCCGACCUAGAGGUCAAGACUGCCAUGGUGGGCAUGAAGCUUCCAGAAGGCCAAAUACCUGAAGGGGAGCCCCAGGAACCCACUGCAGGAGCCGGAGUCACAGGGCACCUGCCCAAGGUGCACAUACCCAGCAUGAAGAUGCCCAAAGUGGACUUUAAGGCACCCCAAGUGGACAUCAAGGGGCCCAAGUUCGACAUGAAGGCCCCCCAGGUGGACAUCAAGGGGCCCAAGGUAGACCUGAAGGGCCCAAAAGGGGAGGUGAGUGCGCCCGAUGUGGAUGUGACCCUGCCCAGCGCAGAGGUGGACGUCCAGGCACCCACCGCCAAGUUGGAGGGUGAUGUUACCCUGGGAGACAAGGAGGUGACCGCUAGAGACAGCAAGUUUAAAAUGCCCAAGUUCAAGAUGCCAUCUUUCGGUUCCUCAGUGCCAAGCAAGUCCUUGGAGGCUGCGGUGGAUGUGUCCCUGCCCAAGAUCCAGGCGGAAGUGUCCCUGCCCUCCAUGGAAGCUGAGGUCAAGUCCAGUGAUGUGACCGUUGAGCUGCCAUCUGCCGACCUAGAGGUCAAGACUGCCAUGGUGGGCAUGAAGCUUCCAGAAGGCCAAAUACCUGAAGGGGAGCUCCAGGAACCCUCGGCAGGAGCCGGAGUCAAAGGGCACCUGCCCAAGGUUCAAAUGCCAGGCAUGAAGAUGCCCAAAGUGGACUUUAAGGCACCCCAGGUGGACAUCAAGGCACCCAAGUUGGACAUCAAAGGACCCAAGGUGGACCUGAAGGGCCCCAAAGGGGAGGUGAGCGCCCCUGACGUGGAUGUGACCCUGCCCAGUGUGCAGAUGGACGUCCAUGCACCCACCACCAAGUUGGAGGGUGACGUUACCCUGGGAGACAAGGAGGUGACCGCUAGAGACAGCAAGUUCAAAAUGCCCAAGUUCAAGAUGCCGUCCUUCGGUGCCUCAGCGCCAAGCAAGUCCUUGGAGGCCGCGGUGGACGUUUCCGUGCCUAAGAUCCAGGCGGAAGUGUCCCUGCCUUCCAUGGAAGCUGAGGUCAAGACCAGUGAUGUGACCCUUGAGCAGCCAUCUGCUGACCUAGAACUCAAGACUUCCAUGGUGGGUCAGAUGCUCCCUGAUGUUCAGGUGCCCGAGGGAGAGUUCCAGGAGCCCUCAGCAGGAGCUGGGUUCAAAGGGCACGUGCCCAAGGUGCACAUGCCCAGCAUCAAGAUGCCCAAAGUGGACAUCAAAGCCCCCCAGGUGGAGAUCAAGGGGCCCAAGGUGGACAUCAAGGGACCCAAAGGGGAGGUGAGCACCCCUGACAUGGAUGUGACCGUGCCCAGUGUGGACAUGGAUGUCCAGGCACCCACCGCCAAGUUGGAGGGUGACGUUACCCUGGGAGACAAGGAGGUGACCGCUAGAGACAGCAAGUUCAAAAUGCCCAAGUUCAAGAUGCCAUCCUUCAGUGCCUCGGCACCAAGCAAGUCCUUGGAGGCUGCGGUGGACAUUUCCAAGCCCAAGAUCCAGGCGGAAGUGUCCCUGCCCUCCAUGGAAGCUGAGGUCAAGUCCAGUGAUGUGACCGUUGAGCUGCCAUCUGCCGACCUAGAGGUCAAGACUGCCAUGGUGGGCAUAAAGCUUCCAGAAGGCCAAAUACCUGAAAGGGAGCUCCAGGAACCAGCGGCAGGAGCCGGAGUCAAAGGGCACCUGCCCAAGGUGCAAAUGCCAGGCAUGAAGAUGCCCAAAGUGGACUUGAAGGCGCCCCAGGUGGACAUCAAGGCAUCCAAGUUGGACAUCAAGGGACCCAAGGUGGACCUGAAGGGCCCCAAAGGGGAGGUGAGCGCCCCUGACGUGGAACUGACCCUACCCAGUGUGCAGAUGGACGUCCAUGCACCCACCGCCAAGUUGGAGGGUGACCUUACCCUGGGAGACAAGGAGGUGACCGCUAGAGACAGCAAGUUCAAAAUGCCCAAGUUCAAGAUGCCGUCCAUCGGUUCCUCAGCGCCAAGCAAGUCCUUGGAGGCCGCGGUGGACGUGUCCCUGCCCAAGAUCCAGGCGGAAGUGUCCCUGCCCUCCAUGGAAGCUGAGGUCAAGUCCAGUGAUGUGACCGUUGAGCUGCCAUCUGCCGACCCAGAGGUCAAGACUGCCAUGGUGGGCAUGAAGCUUCCAGAAGGCCAAAUACCUGAAGGGGAGCUCCAGGAACCCUCGACAGGAGCCGGGUUCAAAGGGCACCUGCCCAAAGUGCACAUGCCCAGCAUUAAGAUGCCCAAAGUGGACAUCAAAGCCCCCCAGGUGGACAUCAAGGGGCCCAAGAUGGACAUCAAGGGACCCAAAGGGGAGGUGAGCGCCCCUGACGUGGAUGUGACCCUGCCCAGUGUGGACAUGGAUGUCCAGGCACCCACCGCCAAGUUGGAGGGUGACAUUACCCUGGGAGACAAGGAGGUGACUGCCAGAGACAGCAAGUUCAAAAUGCCCAAGUUCAAGAUUCCAUCCUUCGGUGCCUCGGCACCAAGCAAGUCCUUGGAGGCCGCGGUGGACGUGUCCCUGCCCAAGAUCCAGGCGGAAGUGUCCCUGCCCUCCAUGGAAGCUGAGGUCAAGUCCAGUGAUGUGACCGUUGAGCUGCCAUCUGCCGACCUAGAGGUCAAGACUGCCAUGGUGGGCAUGAAGCUUCCAGAAGGCCAAAUACCUGAAGGGGAGCUCCAGGAACCCUCAGCAGGAGCCGGGGUCAAAGGGCACCUGCCCAAGGUGCACAUGCCCAGCAUCAAGAUGCCCAAAGUGGACUUUAAGGCACCCCAAGUGGACAUCAAGGGGCCCAAGGUAGACCUGAAGGGCCCAAAAGGGGAGGUGAGUGCGCCCGAUGUGGAUGUGACCCUGCCCAGCGCAGAGGUGGACGUCCAGGCACCCACCGCCAAGUUGGAGGGUGAGGUUACCCUGGGAGACAAGGAGGUGACCGCUAGAGACAGCAAGUUCAAAAUGCCCAAGUUCAAGAUGCCAUCUUUCGGUGCCUCGGCACCAAGCAAGUCCUUGGAGGCCGCGGUGGCCAUGUCCCUGCCCAAGAUCCAGGCGGAAGUGUCCCUGCCUUCCAUGGAAGCUGAGGUCAAGUCCAGUGAUGUGACCGUUGAGCUGCCAUCUGCCGACCUAGAGGUCAAGACUGCCAUGGUGGGCAUGAAGCUUCCAGAAGGCCAAAUACCUGAAGGGGAGCUCCAGGAACCCUCGGCAGGAGCCGGAGUCAAAGGGCACCUGCCCAAGGUGCAAAUGCCAGGCAUGAAGAUGCCCAAAGUGGACUUGAAGGCGCCCCAGGUGGACAUCAAGGCAUCCAAGUUGGACAUCAAGGGACCCAAGGUGGACCUGAAGGGCCCCAAAGGGGAGGUGAGCGCCCCUGACGUGGAACUGACCCUACCCAGUGUGCAGAUGGACGUCCAUGCACCCACCGCCAAGUUGGAGGGUGACCUUACCCUGGGAGACAAGGAGGUGACCGCUAGAGACAGCAAGUUCAAAAUGCCCAAGUUCAAGAUGCCGUCCUUCGGUGCCUCAGCGCCAAGCAAGUCCUUGGAGGCCGCGGUGGACGUUUCCGUGCCUAAGAUCCAGGCGGAAGUGUCCCUGCCUUCCAUGGAAGCUGAGGUCAAGACCAGUGAUGUGACCCUUGAGCAGCCAUCUGCUGACCUAGAACUCAAGACUUCCACGGUGGGUCAGAAGCUCCCUGAUGUUCAGGUGCCCGAGGGAGCGUUCCAGGAGCCCUCUACAGGAGCCGGGUUCAAAGGGCACCUGCCCAAAGUGCACAUGCCCAGCAUCAAGAUGCCCAAAGUGGACAUCAAAGCCCUCCAGGUGGACAUCAAGGGGCCCAAGGUGGAUAUCAAGGGCCCCAAAGGGGAGGUGAGCGCCCCUGAUGUGGAUGUGACCCUGCCCAGCACAGAGGUGGACGUCCAGGCACCCACCGCCAAGUUGGAGGGUGACGUUACCCUGGGAGACAAGGAGGUGACCGCUAGAGACAGCAAGUUCAAAAUGCCCAAGUUCAAGAUGCCGUCCUUCGGUGCCUCGGCGCCAAGCAAGUCCUUGGAGGCCGCGGUGGACGUGUCCCUGCCCAAGAUCCAGGCGGAAGUGUCCCUGCCCUCCAUGGAAGCUGAGGUCAAGUCCAGUGAUGUGACCGUUGAGCUGCCAUCUGCCGACCUAGAGGUCAAGACUGCCAUGGUGGGCAUGAAGCUUCCAGAAGGCCAAAUACCUGAAGGGGAGCUCCAGGAACCCUCGGCAGGAGCCGGAGUCAAAGGGCACCUGCCCAAGGUGCAAAUGCCAGGCAUGAAGAUGCCCAAAGUGGACUUUAAGGCACCCCAGGUGGACAUCAAGGCACCCAAGUUGGACAUCAAAGGACCCAAGGUGGACCUGAAAGGCCCCAAAGGGGAGGUGAGCGCCCCUGACGUGGAUGUGACCCUGCCCAGUGUGCAGAUGGACGUCGAUGCACCCACCGCCAAGUUGGAGGGUGACCUUACCAUGGGAGACAAGGAGGUGACCGCUAGAGACAGCAAGUUCAAAAUGCCCAAGUUCAAGAUGCCGUCCUUCGGUGCCUCAGCGCCAAGCAAGUCCUUGGAGGCCGCGGUGGACGUUUCCGUGCCUAAGAUCCAGGCGGAAGUGUCCCUGCCUUCCAUGGAAGCUGAGGUCAAGACCAGUGAUGUGACCCUUGAGCAGCCAUCUGCCGACCUAGAACUCAAGACUGCCAUGGUAGCCGAGGAGGUCCCGGAGAUCGAAAUGCCCGAGGGGGAGCCUCAGGAACCCUCAGCAGGAGCCGGGGUCAAAGGGCACGUGCCCAAGGUGCACAUGCCCAGCGUGAAGAUGCCCAAAGUGGACUUUAAGGCGCCCCAGGUGGACAUCAAGGGCCCCAAGGUGGACGUGAAGACCGCCGAAGGGGAGUUGAGCGCCCCUGACAUGGACGUGACCCUGCCCAGCGUGGAGGUGGACGCCCAGUCACCCAGCACUAAGUCAGAUGUGGAUAUGUCCUCUCGGAGCCUGGAAUUGUUUUCUAAAGGAAGCAAGUUGAAGUUUCCUAAAAUCAACAUUUCUUCUUCUGGUCACCCCAGUAGUAAGUCCUCUCUGGUCUCUCCACCUGUUGAGGGAAUUGCCAAAGAUGUUGACCUCAGUCCUUCUUCUGGCCCCAUGGAUCCCGUCGUACGUGCUCGUGAUGAGGAUGCCGUCACAGUCAAAGGUGACGUAGGUCUCUCAAUUGGGAAAGAUGGAGGUCGAAGCAAAAGCAAAAAAUCCCAUUUUAAACUCCCCAAAGUCUUUUCUCCACCUGGGAAAACCCCUAAAGUGUUCUUAGCUUUUGGAGGAGAUGUUGCCAUGCGUUCGCCUCCGAGCGAGUCUGUGCAUGGCGGGUCCCCGGGGCCGUCCAGUACUUCUGAAACUUCCCUGCCGGAGUCCCGGCCCGGCUGGCUCAGUGGUCCCCGUGGGGAUUCCUCCAGCCUCAUUCCGGGUGAGGACGUCACACUUACAAAGUACCAGGUGACCAUCCCCCAUGACCCCGCCUCCCCCGAGCUGCCCUGUGUAGGCCUGUCUGGGUCCCAGGCGGAGUCUCAGUUGCCCGGCGUGGCCGGUGCCGUGGACUCCCCAUCCAGCGAGAAUAUUCUGCUGUCCCAGCCUGACGGCCACAGUGGCCCAGUGCACACUGUAUUUCCUGAAUCUUAUGGCCGCGUGACUUUUCCUAAAUUUCAUCGACCAAAGUUCCAACUGUCAUCCCCCCAGCCAGCAGCUGGCAUGGCGGAGCCCGGAGCUGCAGAGGGUGUCCCCGCCCUGUCCCCUCCCCUCCCUGAGUGGGGACCGCACUCCUCGGCCAGGGAAGCCACGGGGUUCCCCUUGCCAGGCAGUCAGUUGCUGUCUGCAGGUGUCUCUGUGUCCACGGUGGCAGAGGGACAUGUGGGCACCGCGGGGACAUCAGCAGUGGCUGGAGGGGAAGCCCCAGCCGGAGACGCGGAGCCUGAGGGCAGGGGCGGUCCUGUGAGAGCACCAAGAGCCAAGCUUCCCUCUUUCGGCUGGUCCCCAAAAAAGGGGGCGGAGUCCAAAGCAGCCCCUGGACCCGCCCUGCCACCGGGGGUUUCCCUGCCACCAGCAGCAGCAGGUGAGGAUGUGAGUCUUGGGCAGGAGGGAGAGAAGGGGGUGGUCAGAGCACCCGCCCUCGCCCUACUGAAGGUCUCACCUCCCACAAUGACGGCUUCCACAGGAGGGGCCGGCGGAAGUGGCGGGGGCGGGGGUGCAGGUGCAGCAGCUGGGCCCCCAGAAGGAGCGGACGUGACCCUCCCCCCCGCACAGGCUCACGCUCCCGGUGCCGGCUUCGUCGAAGAUGCGCUCAGACCCACCGAGGCCCCGCCGGAGGCGAGCCUGUCCACCCGUGGCCCGUCCCCUGGAGACAGCAGCAGAGAGCACGGUCUUGGGGACAGCUCGCAAAGCCAGCUUUGUGGGGAGGUGAUGGCCCCCUCAACAGAGGUCCCCCUGCAGCCGUCCCGGACAACCCCAGAUGCCGCCUCCCCCACGGAGGGGAGCCCAGCGCGGGAGGCGCCAGCGGGAGUCACCCCGGCCGGCCCCAGGGAGAGCUGGUUUAGAAUGCCCGCGCUGCGUCUGCCCGGCUUCAGGCGCCCCUCCAAGGAGAGGCCUGGGUCUGCAGGGCUGGGGGCUCAGGGGCCCGCGCCUGCCACCAGUGCGCCAGGGGAGGGACAGGCACCGACCACAGUCCGGAGUCAGGGUGUCCCUGUUCCUGAGUCCGAGGAGGAGACAACUAAGUGUCCGCGGCCCCUGGAGGCCGGUGCCGACGUGGGAGCCACUGGCAUCGAGGCUUCUCACACAGAUGUUCCGCAGAGGAAUCUAGACCUUCAGGCCCCCGCUGCCGGCAUGUCCGCUCCCGAGGUCAGGGUCCGGCCAGGCGCAGGCUCCCUGCCCCUCCGGGUGUGCGGGACACUUGCAGAGCCCCAUGGGCCUCCAGGAGAAGCAGGCCAUCGCCCCCUUGCUGGGACAGCAGCAGCGCAGGGCCCGGCCAGGGGCGCUGAGGAGCCGCCUCCCCAGCCCGAAGGCCCCCUCAGACUGAGGGCCUCCAGUACCGACGUGCCGUCCCAGGUUUCCGUGGUCAACGUGGGUCAAGUCUGGGAGGACUCUGUGCUCACUGUCCAGUUCCCCAAGUUAAAGGUUCCGAGGUUCAGCUUCCCAGCCCCCAGUGUGGAGGCUGACGUUUUCGUGCCCCGUGUCAGAGAGCUGCCGUCCCCACAGAGCCAUCCUGACACUGCCCUGCUCGGGCAAAGCCCCGGCGCCCGGGACGCCGGCGUCCUGAAGGCGCCCGAGGCCGUCUCCUCAGAAGCCGCCCCCAUCUGUAAGGUCAGGGUGCACAUUCAGAGCGCGGAGGCCGAGAGCAGGCAGGUCACCGUACAAAGCACGGUGACAGCCAUGUACACAGAGCUCUCGGAGCCCGAGGCUUUUCCUGCCCGGAUCGUGUGGGAGUCAGAGGUCCCUACGUCAGAGGCCCAAACGCCUUCCUAUGGGUUCUCCUUACUAAAGGGGAGGGUCCCUGAGCCCACCGCUGGGUCGCAGGUACACGCGGCGACUACGGACCCUGGGCCAAGAGGGCGCCUUCCGGAGCCAGCCCCAGGAGCAGGACCUGUUUCUGGAGACCCACAGCCUGACACCGGAGAGCCCUUUGAAAUUCUCUCUCCCGAUGGAGACGUGCCGGGAAUGCCAGCCUGCUCUUCUGACCUGCGCUCUGGCCAUGGGCGUGCAGACAGCUGUUCUGACGAGGAGCCCGCGGAAAUUCUCGAGUUCCCGCCGGAAGAGGGCCGGGAGGCGGCGGCUGCCCUGGCAGAGGAGGACGGGGCCCCCAGAGCAAAAGCAGAAGGUAAAAGGUCCUCCGGCCUGUUCCGGUUUUGGCUCCCCAGCAUCGGGUUUUCCUCCUCUGUCGCCGAGGCCAGCGCUGACCCCCAGGCCGAAGCCCCGAGACCCGCUCCGGUCCAGACGCAGCCCGAGGCGCGGCCGCCGCACCCGCAGGAGAGAGCGGGCUGGUUUCGAUUGCCCAGGUUGGGCUUCUCCUCGUCUCCCACCAAGAAAAGCAAGAGCGCGGAGGCGGAGGCGGGUCCGGCCGAGCAGCACCUCCAGGAAGAGGCAGGCGCCUUCUUUGACGCCCGAGAAAGCUUCUCCCCCGAGGAGCAGGAAGAGGGGGGGUCGGCGGAGGCCGCGGGCUCCGGGGCGAUGGUGGCCUCCGCGGCGAGAACUGAGCUGAUCCUGCUGGAGGGGGACGGAGCCGCCAGCCGGCCCCCGGCGCCCAGGCCCGGCAGCGAAUGAGGGCCGGGCAGGGGAGACCCCUCCCCGGAGGACGGGUGCCCAAACGAAAUCCCGACGCAGAGGCCCCGCCGCGCACGGGGCUCCCGUCCCGCGGCCCACGGGACUGAGGCGCAGGGCGGCGGUGCCCGGACGGACGUGGCCCUCCAGGGCGGGAGCCCUGUGGGGACCCCCGGGGUGGCGGGGCCGCGGAGGGUGUAGUAGUUUCGCUGUCCUGUAGCCCCUGUCUGGUCCCGCCCCGUCUCAGGUGGAGUCUGGCGCCUUCCAGGAAGCCCCCUGCCUGCUUGCCUGUCACGAGCUCACUCCCGGCCUCACCCAGGCGAGCUUGGGGACGACACGCGACACACGCACGCGGGGCAGAGGGAGGUGGCUGCGGGCGGGUGAGCCAGCCGAGGGGGCACCCGUCCGUGCCUGCACGGCCCCGCGCGGUCCCCGAGCCCCUUCGCGCACACGCUGCCACCAGGCCCCCCCCCCCCCCCGCGGAGGUUCCCUGGCUGUCCCCAGAUGGGCAAUAAAGGACAGGAUGCA